AUGGAGGGAAGAGUGAAGCUAAUCCCAGCUGACACCUCUGGCGCUUUAAGAGUCGUUGGCAAACAAGACAGGUUGUCAUUUCCUCAUUUUCAAGCUUCAUCCCUCGUGGAGGCUGGCAAGCUCAUUCAAGCUCCAGACUGUGAAGCAUUCCUGGUAUCCGGGGCUCUGACGAUCCUCCCAGAAGUCCACGUGGAUGGGGAACUGGGUGGAUCCCUUAUCAUCAAGUGCCCACUUCCUAAAAUGCAAGUGCGGAUGUAUCUGUGCCGCGAGACAAGUAGACCUGGAAUAUGUGCCACUGUGGUGUCCAGCAACAACUUCAUCAAGGAGGAAUACAUAGGCCGAGUCACUCUGCUGCAGUGCCCAGACAAGAAUCUGUUCCUAGUGAAGAUGACAGAACUGACCGAAAGUGACAGUGGAGACUAUGCUUGUGGGGUGGGCACACACACAGACAGGGGCAAGACCCAGAAAGUCACCCUCAACAUCCACAGUGAGUAUGGGCCACUCUGGGAAGAGGAGCCAAUGCCUGAGCCUCCAAAAUGGUUUCGUCCAAUUCUGCACCAGCAGGUGCCCUAUUGGUUCCAGAUGCCUACACAAGCCAGUUCUUCCAAAUUCACAUCCAAAGUUAUCACACAGGCUCAGAAGACGGAGGCCCCUCCAGUCUACCAACCUUCCACCACCACCCUAAACAUCCACCACCCUCGAGUUUCUAGAGCAUCUUCAGUAGCAGCAGCCCCAUCCCCAACCCUCCUGCCAUCCACCACAACUUCAAAGACCUCAGCUCGGGAGGGGCUGCUCAGGGCUCCGACAGCCAGCCACAACCACCACACCUGGCUACACAGGCAGAGAGCACUCAACCAUGGCUUAGAGUCUGAAAGGGAAGGCCAAGGAUUUCACAUCCUGAUCCCAACCAUCCUGGGCCUUUUACUGAUAGCACUCGUGGGGCUCUUGGUGAAAAGGGCCAUUCAAAGGAGGAAAGCCCUCUCCAGGAGAGUUCGCCGAUUGGCAGUGAGGAUGAGAGCUCUGGAGGCCUCCCAGCGGCCCCUGGCCUCACGACGGCUGCGCUCCCAAAACAACGUCUACAGCGCCUGCCCGCGGCGCGCUCGGCCAGCAGACGCUGCGGGCGAGGAGGAGGCGGCCCCGGCCCCUGCCCCGGGAAUGUCGGUGCCCUCAGCCCCAAUGCAGGAGUACGAAGCUCCCUGGCUCCAUGCCUCGUCUUUGAAGACCAGCAAUGAAUAUGUGGAUUUCUACCACCAACCUGAUGCCAAGAGGGAGGACUCUGUUUCAGACGACUACAUCAAUAUUCCUGCCUGACUCACCUCCCCAGAUGUCUCCCGGCUCCCAGACAGUGGUGCCACUGAGUCUUAUCUAUCUGCUGAUUUCCAGUACCGGCACCAUUUGUCCUCAGAGCCCUUAUCACCUCCCAUGCCCCAUCUCAACUCUGAUCCCUACCUAUCUGUGCCCUGCACAUAGCUCUGCCCCCAGCUUCUCUUGUACACCUUUAUAGCCCCCUGUGGCUGCCAGGGGGUUCUGGACAUGCAAAGCAUUCAUCCCUUUGCCAUCUACUUCCUUUCCAAGCCAUCUGACAGGCUAUGAAAUUUGCAGACUGUUUCCACGAUGUCUUUGAUCACAAGGUCUUUGAAGCCCUGGCUCCAGAUCACAUGGUAUCAAGGCUAGAGCAGAGGCAUAGCUGUUGCUCCAGGAGCCCUUCCCAGUCUUGGGCCUCACACAGAUAGAAGCUUCUCAGUCUAGAUCAUGAGAACAUGCCUCAGCCCCACAAUCUAAGCCGAGGCCUGGUAUGAAAACACUCGCAGGAACAUCUUUGCCCUUAUCCAACAAUUGGCACUUGCUAGUGAGUCUCUACUUAGCUCCUAAGGUCAGGGUGAUUUAUUUUGAUGAGAUGAUGCAUUCUAAAUUUUCAGAGCCAGGCUUGUUAAUGUUAGUGAUGUAUACAUAUGCAUCUAUAAAUCCUCCUUACUCUGUCCCCCUCAUUUGAUGCACA